CCAUGGGCCAAAUGUUUGCAUUUCUAGAAACCCAGACCAGGGGGCGAAAUGUCCGUCUGGAUAAUGAAGCCAGAAUUCCCGGGUUUCUGGUAUUCACGUUGGUCUGAUGUCACUGAGGGGAGGUUUGAGCGUUUUAGGCGUCUUUUCAAAAAACUUCCGUUGUUUAUGAUACGAGCGUUCAGGGCGGAAAUGAAAGUCUUAGCUUUUAGCAGUGCCGCUUUCUUUUUGACAGCCUUUGAGAGUCGAGACGUGGCGUUAUAAAUACAUUGAAUUCCUCAAAGUAGUCUUGCACCCUGAUGCUCUAUCGCUCUGGCGGCUGACAAGCCAGGGAAUGCCAUUAACCAUUGGUGGAUGUUCGAAGAUGGUCCAUUUGGGUUCCCUGUCGACUGGAG